AUUAAUGGCCAACAUGGCUUGUCUUACGCCGACACACACGGAAGAUUCCGGCUUCAGUUUGCCGGCUGUCGGCCCGACAGACAGCAGCGAGUUCGUGUCUUCACCCCAGGGCGGAUACCACCCAACCCAGGCCGGCUACCCCGCCGAACAACCCGGCUAUCCAGCUGAGCAGCCCGGCUACCCAACAGAACAAUCCGGUUACCCGACAGAACAAUCCGGCUUCCGGCAGGAUGAGAGCUACGAUUACCGGGACGUGUUCUCCCAGCCGGGCGUCAUCUGCUACGGCUACAAUCCCGCGACCCACGGGACCCGCGGGUACCAAGACACCCGCAGCCAAACUUUCAGCUGCCCACGGACAGGCCAGAGUUACCCGGAUCCGGCCGGUGACUUCCGGCAAACUCCCACCGGAUGCUCGUCUAUCGCUUCUUCCCCCCGUGGGUUCAGCGAAGAGACCGGCUGUAGGGCCGGACAGUUGGGUGACCGUCAGACCGGCUCUAGGCGCUGUAGCGAUGAUAGCGCCGAUGAAGAAGACGAAAACACAACGAAGGGGGAGAGCGAUGACGAGGAUAUCAAGCCCAAGUCAUCACAUGAUACCAGCAACUAUCAUCAGGAUACAAGCAACUAUCAUCAGGAUACAAGCACUUAUCAUCAGGAUACCAGCACUUAUCAUCAGGAUACUUAUCAGACACUGUCGGAGAUGGCGUGUCGUGACGUCAGCUACAGCCAUCAGGUCGUUGACCUGUCGCGUAGCUACGUCAGUUCUCCCCCCUUCCCCCCCAUGGGCAGCCAGAAUCAUGAGCAGGCUCAGCCAGUACCCAGCCGAUCCGUCUACUCAUUGGACGACGCGCAGAGGGUCCUUGUAGGACCCAGAUCUGUGCAUGUCCUACAGGACCUGGGGCAGGAGGACUCGGCUGGUAACCAUGGCAACCAGUACCGCUACGUGCAGCAUCAGAUUCCCGUGACUGUGGACGAUGUUAAGGACGGCGCCAUGACGCCCUGCAUGACGCAUGACUCCAUGACGCAUGACUCCAUGACGCAGAUCAACAGCCUGCACUACAUGAGCAGCGGGUACCUUGGCCAUGACAUGUCCCCCGGGGUCCCCAGCAGACCCGCCUACACCCCCGACACGGCCUUGAACCUCAUCCAACAGCAUGACGUCACACGCCCCUAUGGGGACGGGGCGAAGCACGGCUUGACCCAACUGACCGGAAGUCUGGACUACCCGGGAUACAACGGCAUCAAACCCCAGCUGGACGAUGUCAGACCACACAUCUACCCGUGGAUGAAGAAGUCGCAGACUGGGAAAUCCACAUCAACGUGUGUCAGUGAGUCUAAGAGAAACAGGACAGCAUACACCAGACAGCAGAUCUUGGAGCUGGAGAAGGAGUUCCACUUUAACAGGUAUCUGACGCGGCGUCGCAGGAUCGAGAUCGCCCACACCCUGACCCUCUCUGAGCGUCAGAUCAAGAUCUGGUUCCAGAACAGGAGGAUGAAGUGGAAGAAAGAACACAAGCAGCCCAACACCAAGUCUCGUCUGUUGGAGGGGUACAACGAUUGGAUGACCCCGAGUGACACGUGAUGCUUGACCCCGCCCACCCACGUGACACGAAACUAACGCUUAUUUCGUCAUGCCAACAACCGGCACUCAUUGGAAACACUCGGGCUACCGGUUAAAUGUCAUAUUUCCGGUCAAAGUCCACAUUUCCGGUGCUCUCAAAAAGUAAUGAAUUCCACUGAGACAAUACCAUGUGAUUAUUUGAUGUGAAAUGUGAUUAAAUUAUGCAAAUAUUUUCUAAUUCUACCUUGGACCCAAGGUCACGUGACAAGGAGACGACCCAAGGUCACGUAGCAAGGAGACGACCCAAGGUCACGUGACAAGGAGACGACCCAAGGUCACGUGACAAGGAGACGACCCAAGGUCACGUAACAAGGAGACGACCCAAGGUCACGUGACAAGGAGACGACCCAAGGUCACGUAACAAGGAGACGACCCAAGGUCACGUGACAAGGAGACGACCCAAGGUCACGUAACAAGGAGACGACCCAAGGUCACGUGACAAGGAGACGACCCAAGGUCACGUGACAAGGAGACGACCCAAGGUCACGUAACAAGGAGACGACCCAAGGUCACGUAGCAAGGAGACGACCCAAGGUCACGUACCAAGGACGCGACCCAAAUUGACGCUGUGACGUUCUGGACCCCUGUGACGUCAAACUUUGUUUACUGUUUUUGUUGCGUGUUAAAAACAUGGAAUAGUCUGCUGAUGGAGACGUCACUUCCGGUGUAGACGUUCCCACGUGACCUCAGUGUCAACGUGAGAUGACGUCACAAGAGAUGACGUCACUGCCGACGUCCUCUAGCAAACGGCUAGCUCGUCCAGCAGGUGUUGUCCACACACCCACACACCCACACACUAGCCGACAUACACACUCACUGACACACACACACACACACACACACACGACACCCUUUGACCCAGAUACGGUCCCCACAAAAACAAGUCCUACACAAAAAAUGUUUUCGAGACCCGUGUGUGUGUGUGUGUGAAAGAGACAGGAAGUGUGUGUGUGUCUGCGUGUUGCUGUGUGGCUUUGUGGGUGUGUGUGUGUGUGUGUUGCAAAACUCAUACAAAAAAUUCCUGGAUUUAAAAAAGCUUUAAAUACAUUUUUAGUCCUUUUUCCUCGAUUACCUUUUUCCUCGAUUACCUUUUCCUCGAUUACCUUUUCCUCGAUUACCUUUUCCUCGAUUACCUUUUUCCUCUUGAGCAAGGGGGUGUAGGUGGGAGAGAUGGAAGCUAAAUUUAGAUCAGCGUCAAAACAUUUGGGAUGGAGCUGACUAGUUAGAUGAACGGAAAAAAAGUCACAGAAAAAAGUCACAUAGAAAAGUUUUACUGUAGUAAAAAGUCAGAAAAUAGAAAAAUAAGUUAGAAAUGUGUAUUAAGAAAUAAUUUUAUAACGUUUUGAGAAUUGUAAAAAAAUUUGGGUAUUUAUCGUAUGAAACAUAAAAGUAUUAUCAAAUUUCAUGUAAAUACACAUUUGUGACCGUUUUCCUGUGACUUUUCCUGUUACUUUUUUCCUGUGACCUUUUUCCUGUGACUUUUUUCCUGUGAGUUUUUCCUCCAAUCGACUGGUACAGCAUACAUCGAAAGAGCCGCAACAACCUCUAGGGCCCGCGUCAUAACGCUCCCCCCCCCCCCCACUAUUCGGCCACAUUGACUAGUUCUAUCGCCAAAAAAAAACAAAACAUUCACAUGUUUGCUAAUCUUUCACAAUAGAUCGUGUAGUGUUAGAUUCAGUUGGUCAAGUAUGUGUCUAUAUUGUUUUAGAUGGGGAGGGGAAGGGGGGGGGGGGUCAAUGGGUCAAGACGUCACCAAUAUAUGCAAAUAUUUUUUGUGCUUGAGGGACAUUUUUAUUUUAAAUAUGUACAGAAAUAAUAAAUGUAUGUACAUAAGUAUGUUCUACACAUACAUACAUAGUUAUUAUACACACAUACAUACAUACAUAGUUCUUAUACAUUUAUAUGUAUAUAGUUGAAAUGUGAUACAUACAUUCAGACAUUGAUCUUAUAUACAGAUCCAUAUGUAUUUGUUACACACACACACACACACACACACACAGAUGUUCCAUUGCAUUAUGUAGACACGGGGCAGUGUAGGUGUUGAUUUCACAUUUACACAAUUACACAAUUACAUAAUUACAUAAUAAACUAAAUUAUUGAUAAGCAUUCCACGUCAGAAACUAACUGGAAAAUGUUCGCAGCUUUAAGGAAAAUACUUGGAUUUCUUUUUGUCGUGGGAAUUUUUGUCUUAUUUCAAGGGUUUUAUAUCUGGAUGAUGUUAUAUAAGGAUGAUGUUAUAUAUGGAUGAUGUUUUAUAUGGAUGAUGUUAUAUAUGGAUGAUGUUUACCUGAAUGAUGUUUUUAUCCUAAUCAUUUUGUUAUUUGGAUGAAAAAUAUUUAUCCCAUCGUUAAAGUUUCAUGAGGAUAAUGUUCAUGUUUUAGGAUAAAUUAUUGAAGAAUAAAACAGAUU